AUGGGUUUUGUGGGUACUGUGUUGGGCAUUUUUGGAUUCGGAUUUGGGAUUACAGCGGGUCUUGUGAUCGGUUAUUACUUCUUCAUCUACAUCCAGCCUAGCGAUGUCGCGGAUCCAGAAAUCCGACCUCUGGUCGAGGAAGAUCAAGAGACAUUACAAAAGAUGCUUCCAGAGAUACCAUUCUGGGUAAAAAACCCAGACUACGAUCGUCUUGACUGGCUAAACAAGUUUUUGGAGUAUAUGUGGCCUAAUCUUAACAAGGCCAUCUGCGCAACUGUCAAGGGCAUUGUCAAACCCAUAAUUGAUGAACAAAUUCCACAAUAUAAAAUUGAUGCUGUUGAAUUUGAAGCACUUACAUUAGGAUCUUUGCCGCCAACUUUCCAAGGUAUGAAGAUUUAUGUCACGGAAGAGAAGGAGCUAAUCAUGGAACCAUCAAUAAAAUGGGCAGCAAAUGCCAAUGUUACUAUUGCUGUAAAAGCAUAUGGACUGAAGGCAACUGCUCAGGUUGUUGAUUUGCAAGUGUUUGCUCUACCACGCAUUACCUUGAAGCCUUUGGUCCCAAGCUUUCCAUGUUUUGCAAACAUCUUCGUCUCUUUGAUGGAUAAGCCUUAUGUUGACUUUGGGCUGAAGGUUGUAGGGAUUGAUCUCAUGUCAGUACCUAUUCUCUACAGGUUUGUCCAGGAAAUUAUCAAAGAUCAGGUAGCCAACAUGUAUCAUUGGCCUAAAACUCUUGAAGUACAAAUUCUGGAUCCAGCAAAAGCUUUUGAUCGACCUGUAGGACUUCUUCAUGUGAAAGUUAUAAGGGCGCUGAAACUACAAAAGAAAGAUCUUUUGGGUGCAUCAGACCCUUAUGUGAAAAUAAAGCUAACCGAUAGUAAGCUUCCGUCUAAACAAACCACAGUGAAGAUGAAGAACUUGAACCCUGAAUGGAAUGAGGAUUUCAACUUUACAGUUAAAGAUCCACUAACGCAGAUCUUAAAACUUCAUGUUAUCGACUGGGAACAGGUAAGUUUUCAUGGCUCUUUCUUUUUUCACCUUGUUGUUACCUUAAAUAUUAGUUGUUUUGCUCAGAUUGGCAAGCAUGACAAAAUGGGUAUGAAUGAGGUUCCACUGAAAGAUCUUACUCCAGAUGAGCCAAAACUUAUGACCCUUGCACUCGUUAAAAAAAAAGAUACAAACGAUGCUCAAAACGACAAGUCUCGUGGGCAGCUUGUAGUGGAACUAACAUAUAAGCCCUUCAAAGAAGAAGAGCUACCGAAAACUUUCCAACAAACGAAAACAUUGCUGGUUAGGGCUCCUGAUAAUACACCUGAUGGUGGAGGUAUGCUUGUAGUCAUAGUCCAUGAGGCAGAAGAUGUCGAAGGAAAGCAUCACAAUAAUCCGUAUGUGCGUAUUCUCUUUAGAGGCGAGAAGAGAAAGACUAAGAAAAUAAGGAAAACCAGAGAUCCAAGAUGGGAAGAAGAGUUCACGUUUAUGUUAGAUGAACCCCCUAUAAAUGAUAAAAUUCAUUUGGAAGUUUACAGCAGUUCAUCAAGGAUAGGCCUGCGGCGCCCAAAGGAAUCACUAGGUUUUAUCGAUAUCAAUCUCUCAAAUGUUGUUAACAACAAAAGAAUUAAUGAGAGAUACCAUCUCAUUGAUUCUAAAAAUGGACGGAUUCAAAUUGAGUUGCAGUGGAGAACUAAAGAUUAACAUGUUUCUUUCUUUUACCUUGAAUGUUGUUGAAUUUUUUCCAAUGAAAUUAAACCAUCUCUUAAUUUUUUUCAUUUGAUUGAAUAGGUCUUUGUUUGCUUCUGUAUACUAUUGUGAUAA